UCAGCUCUGAAGUCAAACCCCUCACAUCUGAAAGAGCUGGAUCUGAGUAACAAUGUCCUUAAGGAUUCAGGAGUGAAGCUGCUCUCUGCUAUGUUGGAUGAUCCACAAUGUAGACUGGAGACUCUGAGACUGUCAGGCUGUCUGUUCAAAGAGGAAGGCUGUCAUUCUCUGGCAUCAACUCUGAAGUCAAACUCCUCAAACCUAAAGAAGCUGGAUCUGAGUAACAAUGAUUUGGAAAAUGCAGGUGUACAAUUGCUCUUCACUGGACUUGUGGAUCCAAACUGUAAACUGGAGACACUGAGGCUGUCAUUCUGUGGAGUCACAGAGGAAGGCUGUGAUUUACUGGCCUCAGCUCUGAUGUCAAACUCCUGUCACCUAAGAGAGCUUGACCUGAGUAACAAUGACCUGGGGAAUUCAGGAGUGAAGUUUCUCUCUUCUGGACUGGGAAAUCCACAUUGUAAACUGGAAACACUGAGGUUGUCAGGCUGUCUGGUCACAGAGGAAGGCUGUGCUUCUCUGGUCUCAGCUCUGAAGACAAACCCCUCACAUCUGAAAGAACUGGAUCUGAGCUACAAUCACCCAGGAGACUUGGGAGUCAGACUGCUCUCUGCUGGACUGGAGGAUCCACACUGGAGACUGGAGAAACUCAAUAUGGAUCAUGGUGGAGAGUGGAUGUUGAAAUCAGGACUGAAGAAAUAUGUCUGUGAUCUCACACUGGACCUAAACACAAUAAACAGAGAACUCUCUCUGUCUGAGGAGAACAGAAAGGUGACAAGGGGGACAGUGGUGCAGCCAUAUCCUGAUCACCCAGAGAGAUUUGAGGACAGACCACAGGUGUUGUGUAGAGAGGGUCUAUCUGGACGCUGUUACUGGGAGGUAGAGUGGAGUGGGAGAGGAGUUAUGAUUGGAGUGACAUAUGAAGGAAUCAAGAGGAGAGGAGCAGGUGGUGACAGCUGUCUUGGUAGCAAUGACAAGUCCUGGAGUCUGUUCUUUGGUGAUGAUAACCAUUACUCUGCCAGGCACAAUAAGAAGAAAACAUUUAUACCUGUCACCUCCUCAGACUCCGACAGAGUAGGAGUGUAUCUGGACUGGCCAGCCGGCACUCUGUCCUUCUACAGGGUCUCCUCUGACACACUGACCCACCUGUACACAUUCAACACCACAUUCACUGAGCCCCUCUAUCCA